AUGGCCGCCGUGCCGCAGCGGCAGCACCUGUUUCUGGUCCUCGCCCUCGCCGCGGUCGUCGUCCUUCCACAGGUGGCCUCGGCGCAGGCCGCGCGCGCUUCCGCCUCGUCCUCCUCCUUCCAGUGCGGCUGGUGCCCGCGUAGCUCCACCGCCUCCCUCCUCCCUUCCGAUGGCGCGAGCAUCCUCACCGGCGCAGCCUGCGGCUAUGGCCCGGCGACGGUAGCAUCGGAGCUCACCGACGCGGGGUUCCACAUUGCCGCCGUCACUUCCGGCUUCUUCCGCGACGGACACGCCUGCGGCGCGUGCUACCAGCUGAGGUGCAGGGGCCGGGCGGCGUGCGCGGAGGACGGCGUCAAGGUCGUGGUCGUCGGCGACGCGCCGGACGCUAACGUUACAGGCGAUGGUGGGUUCAUGCUCACCAGGGACGCCUUCGCCGCCUUGACCAACCGCGGCGGCGAUCGCCUCGCGCGCCAGGACGACGACGACGCGACCAUCGACAUCGACUUCAGAAGGAUACCGUGCGCGUACAGCGACAAGAACCUGUCCGUGAGAGUGGAGGAGGCGAGCGUCAAGAACCGGGGCCGCCUCGUCCUCCGCUUCCUCUACCAGGGCGGGCAGACCGACAUCGCCGCCGUGGAGGUGGCCCAGGCGGUUGUUAACGCCGACGAUGACGCCGCGCCGUCGCCGGCGUCGAUGUGGCGGUACAUGACGCGGCGCGAGGGGUCGCCGGGGGUGUGGAGCACGUCCCGCGCGCCGGUCGGCCCGCUCCGGCUCCGGGUCGUGGUGACCGCCGGGUCAGGCGGCAAGUGGCUGCAGUCCAACGGUGCGGUGCUGCCCGCGGAGUGGGCGCCCGGCGGGGUCUACGACACGGGGCUGCAAGUCGCCGACGUCGCCGCCAGCACAUGCGGCGGCGCCUCCUGCGGUUCUGCCGACGAGAACGGCGACAAGGAGCUCCGAUGA